AAUAGUGUUUCAUUCCCCAGUUGUAUUUACUUCUCUUUGGUGGUUCAGGGUUAUGAAGCUAAAAUGCACCUAAUGCACCUAACCCGAAGCUGUGUCCUCUUGUUGUGCACGCUGACCCUUGUGAAAAGUCAAGACACGUGUACACGUGAACAGUUUUUCAAUGGCGACCUGUUUGAUUCAAAUUUUGACACGACUGAUCUGGAGGCCACCUACCUUAGUGGAAAACAAGUGAGAGUGGGAUGCAAUGUUGGAUACAGUGGCUUUUUCAAACUGAUAUGUGUCGGACGAGAAUGGCAGUCAAGAGGCAAACCAUGUCAACCGAAGUCAUGUGGUCAUCCCGGUGAUGCCCAGUUUGCAGAUUUUCAUCUGGAAAAGGGACAGGAUUUUGUCUUUGGGUCACAAGUUGUGUACACCUGCCAUAAAGGUUAUCAAAUGGUCAGUCGUACAAACAACCGGCAUUGCUUGGACCAAGGCUGGGAUGGUGUGGUUCCUGUCUGUGAAGCCCAACAGUGCCGAGUGAUUCAUGUGGACAAUAAUGUCCAGGUGGUUGGGGACCUAGAGGAAGCAACCUAUGGCAAUGUAGUUCGAUUCAGCUGCAAGUCCAGAAAUGAAAUGCUGUCUGGGUCACAAGAAAUGUAUUGUGAUGAAAAUGGAGAGUGGCGUGGCCAAGCUCCUAUAUGCAAAGAGGUAACAUGUACUGAACCAGAGAUUGAAAAUGGUCGUGUGCUUGAAAAAUUUCCCGAGUACAAAGAAAAUGAAGUCCUGAACUUUCAAUGUAAUCUUCACCAUAAACGCACUGAAGGAAGACCUUCAACAUGCACCAAACGAGGAACAGGAUCAGAGUGGAGCCCCACACCUGCAUGUGAACUAAUAACAUGUAGACUGACACUGCCGCCACUGGAGGGAACCAGGUAUGAUCCAUCUUCCAAAAAUAAGUUUUCACCUGGUGACACAGUGAGAGUCAUUUGUGGAGAGAAGUACUGGGUUUCUACCCGUCAGGACACCACAGCAGUAAAUACAUGCCAAGGGAAUGGAGAAUGGACAUUCACACCAGUAUGCCAAGAGUUUACAUGCAGCGAUCGAAGACCGCAACAUGUGUCUUACUGGUAUGCCGGAUAUUUAUAUCAAAGGAAAUUGGAUAAGACUGUAAGUUAUUGGUGUGCGGAAGGCUACAAGAAGACAGCCAACUUGGCCACAUGCACCAGAGAUGAUUGGAAACCAAAUCCACUUUGUCAAGCGAUAACAUGCAACAAACAAUCUUACCCGGAUGCAGACAUUACUAGAAAUGAUAAGAACAUAUACAGGUACGAUGAACGGGUUGAUUAUACCUGCAAGAAUGGUUAUAAGGGACGUUUUACUCUAACCUGUGGGGAAAGAGGUUGGAUCGGGAAUCCACAAUGUGUAGAGAUAACAUGCAACAGACAUUCUCACCCGGAUGCAGACAUUGCUAGAAAUGAUAAGAACAUAUACAGGUCCGGUGAACGGGUUGAUUAUACCUGCAAGGAUGGUUAUGAGGGACGUUUUACUCUAACCUGUGGGAAAACAGGUUGGAUCGGGAAUCCACAAUGUAAAGAGAUAACAUGCAACAGACAUUCUCACCCGGAUGCAGACAUUGCUAGAAAUGAUAAGAACAUAUACAGGUACGAUGAACAGGUUGAUUAUAUCUGCAAGGAUGGUAAUAAGGGACGUUUUACUCUAACCUGUGGGGAAACAGGUUGGAUCGGGAAUCCACAAUGUGUAGAGAUAACAUGCAACAAACAAUCUUACCCGGAUGCAGACAUUGCUAGAAAUGAUCGGAACAUAUACAGGUACGAUGACCGGGUUGAUUAUAUCUGCAAGAAUGGUUAUGAGGGAGAAUUUACUCUAACCUGUGGGGAAACAGGUUGGAUCGGGGAUGCAAAAUGUAUAGGGAGACAGUGUAAAAGACCUCACAUUGACAAGGCACAAAUUACCAGCACUUUAAAGGAAACUUACAGUCACAAUGAACAUCUUGAAUAUGCAUGCACAAACAACACUGAAAGAGUGUUUACUGUUACCUGUGAGAAAGGUGUCUGGACUGGGAUAAGUUAUUGUUCAGGAUGUCCAACCGCUGAUGUACAUAAUGGAUUUGUUGUAGGUCCAUACAACGACACACUGUACUACACCUGCAAAAACGGUUAUGAACUUCAUACGGAAGGCUGGUGGGCUGAGGCUAAAUGUAAUGAUGGCAUCUGGUCUGGACUUGACCAUUGCUUCGUGAAUAAUACAUGUGGAGAAAUCCCUGUGAUUCCUAAUGGUAACGUGACACCUCGACGUGGAGAAAAUAAUGCCCGGAUUACUUGUAACGAAGGAUACCGCCCUCGGGUAAAUUCCUUAACUUGUCACAAGGGAAAAUGGCUUCCAAAAGAAUCAUCCCCCGAAACAAUCUGUACACCAACUGCUGUUCCGUGCAACCCCCCACCCAAAGUUGACAAUGCUGUCGUUGUGGGUUCAUAUCAGAAGGAAUACUUGUCUGACUCUGAAGUAACUUAUCAGUGCCGUGAUAAGUAUGUUGUAUUGGAUGGUGAAGAUACAAUUCGAUGUAAUAAUGGCCAAUGGGAGGAGAAAAACAUUACGUGCACACCUCCCACUCCGCAGUGAUGCUGAUUUUGUUCGUGGUCCAAAGAAGUCGCAGUAAAAAUACCAUGUAUCAUAGUGAUGUAACAUCUUGCUACAUUAUUCAUAAUCCUGAUACAUACAACCAUUAGGCAGUGAAUGACUGAAUCAAGCAUCUGUGUAAUAAAGUGAUUUGAAAGCAUAAA